CUUUGUACUUUCCUCUUUUCUACCCCACGGGGCAGAUCUGCAGACCACAAUCCACAUUAGAUAAUGGAUCUCCUCUUGAUGCCUCCCUGUCCGGCGCUGUUGAAUUAGACAUUCAAUCUCCACACUAUACUGCUCUCAAUUUCGGGGGACGCCAUCCUUUACGGCGCUUUUGGUUGAUCGUCUUGAGCAUGUCCGGCGAGCAGCGGUCACGAAGGGGCUGCGUCAAUUGUCGUGCCAAACGGAAAAAGUGUGAUGAAGUACGACCGGUAUGCUCCCUAUGUCGGAAGGUCAAUUCAGAGUGCACGUACUCAGGGCCGAAAGGUCAAGGAGUAGUCGCAAAACCAAUAUCCAGCAAUCGUCAACUUCUCCUGCCACCGGCGCGUUGCGACGCAAUUCCCAUCACCAAAUCGAUUGCGGUCACCGAUACCAAUUUCGUAUACCAUUUCCGGACGGGUUUCACGGACCUUGUCACCUUUCAAAUUCCCAAUCAUAGGAACCCGUUCUUCUCUCAUAUCCUACCACUGGUUCACUCUUCACCGCUCGUUCGGGAGUCGGUGGAAGCUGUCGCCGCGGCGCAUUUGCAUGUCCUGGGCAAGGCGUCGCUAAUCAAUGCGGCCGAUCUACAGUCAGAAGCUCUUCGCCUACUCUCUAUCUGUUUGGACUCGGUGGGAACCGACCCGGAUGAUUCAUCGGGAGAAGAAUGCUUGAUUGCGAGCUUGUUGCUGAUCUACUACGAGAUCGUCUUGGGCAACUCUCCCAGCGUCGCUCGCUGCCAUCUUCGAGGGGCCAAAUCCCUACUCGAUAUACUGCGGACACAGCAGUCUGCGACACGCCUGUCCGAUCUGGCCACGGCUUUCCAGUACUUUGAUGUGAUGGCCUCCUUGUCUCUACGACAGCGGCCGCUAGGAUUCAAUCAUUUUCCGCAAGAGAUAAGCUCUGGCUUUGACAGCAUUUUUGGCCUGAGUGGAAGUCUCUGGCCUUUGAUCAUCAAUCUCGCGGACCUCCUAGCAUGUCAGAACAAUGGAGAGGAUAUUUCCAUGCAAGCACGUCGUUUGGAGGAACAACUGCGCUCCUGGUCGGCUCCCUUGACCAUCGAUCGAACCGACAGUGGCCAGGAAGCGAUGCUACAGAUUGCGAGGGCAUUCAAGUACACCUCGCUUCUCACUCUAUACAAAACGUGCUUAGGCGAGGACUAUACAAAUGCAAAGUCGCUGAAAUGUGUCUAUAACUCCGCAAUCGACAGCCUUCUGAGGACUUGUGCUCUCUCAGGUCCAAUGUCGACGAUAUUGUGGCCGCUUUACACAAUCGGCUUGCACGCAGAAUCGAGAGAUCAUGCCGUCAUUCAAGGCAUAUUUUCCAAAUUUUCAGAGAGACAGCAUAUGAUGGUUGUUGAAACCGCACACGAGACAGUGAGGAAGUCUUGGAGCGUACCGUCAAGUGCUUCUCUCGGUAGAGCACAGCUGGUACUAUUUCUGGGAUGAAGACAUCACAUCAUGUACAAUCAUACCAUGUCCGCCAUUCACUGACAGCGCGAACAGUAACCGACAGAGACACAUAUCUGAGCUAUUCCAAUGAUCGACAUUAACUCUGAGUCACAUACCGACACCCCAACAGCUCUACAGUCAUUCAUCAUCCACAUAAUCUAUGAUGGAGUAAACAGAAACCCUCAAGAAGGGACGAAAAGGGUCUAUCAAGCUGCAACCCUUCUCGAAAUAAUGAGGGGAAGGGGGCCUGGGUUCGCGUUGAACUGUUCGAAGAUGUCAAGCUGCUGAUCCUUCGAUACCAGGCUGAUAUCAUAACGCCGGAUCAUCGUUGCCAGCAAGAUCUGGACUUCCACCACCGCAAUAUGACGUCCGAUACAAGCUCGAGACCCUUGACUGAACGGUAUAGUAUAUGCUUUCAAGUUAUGGAUCUCGGACUCUUUCUCUGGAUCGAAAUUGCCUUCUUCUUGGAACCAUCGCUGGGGCUUGAAGUCUUCGGGAUCGGAAUACAACGACGCCUUGCGGUGGAUUGUAUAGGGAGGUACAGCGACAAUGGUCCCCUGGCCGACAUGAUGGCCAGCUAUGUUGGCACCCUCGGGCGCAUAGACGCGCCGUGGGAGGGCGAAGGAAAUUGGCGGCCGGAGACGCAGUGUCUCAUCAAUGACGGCGCGAAGAUACGUCAAGUUCUUGAUGAUGAGGUCGUAGGGAACAAUCUCCUGGUCAAAGUCCGAGUGGUCACCCGCCGCAAAUGGCAUGACACUAUCAAUUUCCUUUCGGAGUUUUGCCAAACAUUCCGGGUGCGAUGCCAGGAGAUAGCACGAACUCGACAGAAGUCCAGUGGUGAUCGCACUUCCGGCCCCAAUAUGACACCGGAUUCAGCAAACAGCUCAAUGAAAGGGACUUUGCGUUCCUCUCCAUUUCUGUCCGUUAAGAUUGACUGGAUAAAGUCGUCCGUGGAAGGUUCUGCCGGUCCUUUGAUCCGACGGCGGAGGUGUUGCAUGCAGACCUUGUCGAAAUCCACAGAGUCGUCCACUCCCAGACAACGACGCAAAGGGGAAACUGACCUGACCAACGCUUUUACCGACUUGACGGUUCCCAACGAGGUGGACAAUUGUGCCACCGUGAUGUUGAAGCGGAGGCCAAAGAUCAGAGCAUCAAUGACACUUGGGACCUCAUGCCGGUCUCCAACCCCUUCGAUUACCUUGGAAUCUGCCCUGUUGCGGAGGAACCCAAAUGGCUGACUGAAUGCCAUUGACCCGAUGACAUCGAAUGUCAGGUAAUUGAACCUAGGACAGCGAACCCGUCAGAAUGAUCAAUUUUUCCAGGAUGCGUCAACUUACCAGCGGCGCAAGUCCAGGGGAGGUUCUGCGUUGUUUUGUUGACACCAGUCGUCGAUUCGAGCUAUCAGGAUGCGGACGUUGUCACGAAUCAGGGGCUCCAUCCGGACAACGUUCUUCAAGGCAAAUGAGUUGGCGAUGAAUUUCCGCUUGCGAGAGUGGUCUGCACGAUCGGUGGACUGGAAGAUAUCGUGGUAUUGCCGGUCUUGCUGGCAGCUUGAUGCCCGUAUAUAUCGGAGACAGCCCGAGGGUCAUUGAAGGAGAGGUGGGACGGCCCAAUUCGGAUCACGUCGCCGAGGCGCUCAUGUUCGCGGUGAAGCCACGCAUAUCUCUUUCCACUCCAUGUCGCACGCAUCAUCCAUAUCGGGGUCAUGGCCGCCAACAAGUUCGGUGCUGGGAACCUGCGGAGGUUGAGGGGAUCGCGGAAGUAAACAUAGAUCGAUCUGAGCGACAAGCAACCCAGGCUGAGGAGCAGGACUGCUAGGAGUGAGCUCCAGGGAUUCUGGAGAGGGGAAAGGGUGAGAAUUUGUAGCGACAUGGUCAAUGAAUGUACGUUGUCAAAUAUUAUCUUGGAAGUAUGUCGUCUGGAAGCAAGGUCGUGCACUAUAUACUCUGACAGGACUGCAG